CCUAAAUUUUAUUUCUGAUGGCUGCUCCUCCUGAGACCCCGAUAGUCGGGGAGCCGACGUUCGUGGCGAUCGUCGGGCAGCGGUUUCGCUGCGUGGAGACGGGGCACGAGAUGCCAGCGGCGGAGAAGGAGGGGUAUGGAUCUAGCAAGAAAUGCCGCGACGCUCUGUUUGAUCGGGCGCUCCAGGAGGGCCGGGCGCCACUUAAUUUCUUCCAGCAGAGCCCGGAAUACAGGGAUAAGAUGAUUUGCAAGCUCACUGGUGCUCUCGUCAACAAGAACGAGAAGGCGGUCUGGAAGCACGUCCUUGGCAAGAGUUUUAACAAAAAACUAUCUGCCCAGGAGGAGAAGCAAAAUUCAAAGCCAUCGCAACCGGAUGUGGAGCACGAAAUGGAAGACGAGGGUGUUGACAAUGAAGACAUGGACUUUUGGAUUCCACCAGAGGUCGAUGGUAGUGACGCGGAGGUCGAUACUCCUGAUGCGGACGAACACAAGAAGACGAAGGGAAAGACAAAGAAAUCGGUUGAUGGUGAUCAACUGAACCGGAUCAAGACGAAGAAGGAAGAGAAGCCCAAGAGAAAGGAGAAGUUGAAAAAAAAGAAGCAUGGUUUUGCCGUUGAUGAGACCGAAGAUGCAAUGAAGGUGAACAAGGAGCAAAAAGAAGCUGGGAAGCGGAAGACAAAGAAUCCGAAGGAUACAGAUGAGACUGCGACGGAAGAAAUGACGAAGAUGAACAACAAGGAAAAGAAAAGCCAGGCUGGGAAGCGGAAGGAAAAGAAACCGAGACAGAAAAGUGACGACUUGAACGACGAAGCCGAUGAAGACGAAACACAAAUACGGAUGAAGCGUUUGGCAUUGGCUGUUGGACCGAGCAGUUUUGCGAGCCGGAAGAAGAAGAGGAAAACGGAGUCGUAACGUCUCACUUUAAAGCCAGAAUGUUUCAGGCGUAGAAAACCAAGCUUCGCGUACCUGGAAUCGCGGACAUCCUUUACUCGUCAAAUUUGGAUCGCAAGAAAAGUAGUAUGGAUAGACAAGCUAGAGGAUAGAUAUUGUAGUAGUGCUGGGAACAGGAUCACAGGAAUGAAGCUACUUUAAACUUGUUAAGUUUAUUCACAAGAUUUUAAAGGGGGUAGGGACCGAGCAAUCUUACACGAACAGACCGAUAAUUUGACAACUUCCGGUGAGCUUUGGGCUCUGGAGUUGUUUAUGUGGACGGCUCGCAAGCUUUACAUCCUUUUCAAUCCCACUCAAGCAUUUGGGCC